UUCUCAGCCCCCGUCGUCACGGGACUACAACUUCCGGCGGGCGGCGCGUGGUGGCGCAGGGCGGCAUGUCGGCGUUGAGUUGGGGCCGCGGCGCAGUUGGGGUUGGCAGGGCGCUGCGGCGGUCGUCGAGCCGCCCCCGAGCCUCGGCGGAGGAAGGGACCCUCGAUGGCUUCUGGGGCCCCAGAAGGAGCUCAUCAGCCAGCCCCUGUGAGCAGGAUCGCAGGAAAGACUGGGGCCAUGUAGAACUGUUGGAGGUGUUGGAGGCUCGGGUGAGGCAGCUACAGGCAGAGAGCGUGUCGGAGGUAUCCGUGAAGAGAGUAGAGGUGGCUCAACUCUCAAAAGGUGAAUGCCAGCCACCCAGGAAGGCGCAGGUGCAGCCCUGCGGCCGCUGGGCCGAAAAGCUGAAUAAGGAGCAGAGGACCAUGCAGAAGCGCAAGCAGCGGCUGCAGGUGAAACUGCAGGCGCAUGCCCAGCAGCUGGUCAACAAGCUGCAACCCCGUCCACUGCGUGUGGAGCCCCGGCUCAUGAGUGGGCAGCUGUCCAGCUUCCUGCAGCACAAGGCACAGGAGAGCCCCUGGGAGGAACAGCUGGCCCAGGUGCUGCAGGAAGCCCCUCAGAAACUCCUCCACAAGAAGCAGGCCCCGUUGGACAAGGAGGGAGAGGCACAGCUCUCCGGCCAGCAACAGAAGCUCCUGGCGUUCUUGGAGUGCUGUCUGGUCAGUGGCCACCUGCCCCUCGCCCACCACGUGUUGGUCAGUCACCACAGCAGGCCCCGGAUGCAGAAGCUUCUCACACUCCCCAUGUACAACACCGUCAUGCUUGGCUGGGCACGCAAGGGCUCAUUCAAGGAGCUGGUUUAUGUGUUCUUCAUGGUGAAAGAUGCUGGCCUCACCCCAGACCUCCUGUCCUAUGCGGCUGCCCUCCAGUGCAUGGGGCGGCUGGACCAAGAUACCAACACAGUCAAAAGGUGUCUGGAACAGAUGGCCCGGGAUGGGCUGCAGCUGCAGCAGCUCUUUACAGAGGUGUCUCUGUCCAAGGAGGAGCGGGACGUGGUCCUGAAGGCUGUGGCCAAGGCUGAGCCCACAGUUAGCCCCCCGCCACAGCCCCCACCCCAGGUCAACACCUCUACGCUGCUCAAGGGUGUUUACACCAAGGAUGGCCCUGUGUCCUACCCGAAGCUUCACCUACCCCUGCAGACCCUGAAGGACCUCUUCCAGCAGCAGCUCCAUGUGGAGCUGACCACCAGUGUCUACAUCCAGUCUGUGGAGAAGGCCCCAUCACUGACCAAGGAGAUGCUGCAGGCGCGGAAGACCUUGAAGGCCCUGCGUGCACAGUGGGAGGCUGCUCUGCGCAGGGUGCUGCAGGAGACCAAGGCCAGUCUGGCCCACCAGGCGCAUGAGGGCCGCCCCUCGCUCUUCCCUUUCCUGUGUCUGCUCAGCGAGCGGGAGCUGGUGCGGAUGCUGCUGCAGGCCCUCUACGCACUGCCUGCCCAGGGCGAGUCGCUGGUGGUGGUGGCCAAGGACCUGGGCCUGCGGACCUUCAACAGGCACAUGGUGCAGCAGAAGCGCCUCAACAACCAGGUGCAGGCGCUGGAGCAGCGGUACGCACAGUACCUGCACCUGCUGGCCUGUGACACCCAGGUGGCCUCACCCUGCCUACCUCGGCAGUACUGGGAGUCGCUGGGGCCGCCCGAGGCCCCACCACAGCAACCUUGGCCCUUGCCUGUGCUUAUGCAGCUGGGCAAGCAGCUGGCCGAGAUGCUGGUGCAGGCCGUCCACAUGCCCCUCGGCCUCGCCGUGCCCCAGGGUUCCUGUAGGCCCAUCCCUGUGCUGUACCAUGUCUACUCCUUUCGCAGCUACCGCCAGAUUGGCAUCCUGAAGCCACACCCCGCCUUCACACAGCUUCUGGUGGCCGCAGCGGACCCCACGCUGACCUUCGAGACAGUGGACGUGCCCAUGCUGUGCCCCCCACUGCCCUGGACCUCGCCGCACACUGGCGCCUUCCUUCUGAGUCCUACCAAGCUGAUGCGAGCAGUGGAGGGCACGACACAGCACCAGCGCCUGCUUGAGCGCUGCCCACCCACCAACCUGCAUGGUGCCCUGGACACCCUCACCCAGCUGGGCAAUUGUGCCUGGCGCGUCAACGGGCGUGUGCUGGACCUGGUGCUAGAGCUCUUUAGGGACAAGGGCUGCUCCCGCCUGGGUGUGCCGCCACCACCCUCAGAAGCACCCCGGCCUCGGGAAGGCCACCUACCCCGUGGUGCAUCCCCUGCCCACAAGGCAGAGCUGCGACGGGAGCUGGCCGGCUGCCUGAAGGUGGCCCGCGAGAUGCAUAGCCUGCGUGUGGACGCGCUCUACCGCCUCUCGCUGGCUCAGCACCUGCGGCACCGCAUCUUUUGGCUGCCCCACAACAUGGACUUCCGGGGCCGCACCUACCCCUGCCCGCCCCAUUUCAACCACCUGGGCAGUGACCUGGCGCGGGCCCUGCUGGAGUUUGCUGAGGGCCGCCCACUGGGCCCUCAUGGCCUCACCUGGCUGAAGAUCCACCUGGUCAACCUCACGGGGCUCCGGAAGAGGGACUCACUACAGGCCCGCCUGGCCUUCGCUGACCAGAUGAUGGAUCACAUACUGGACUCUGCUGACCAGCCCAUGACGGGUAGGAAGUGGUGGAUGGAGUCUGAGGAGCCCUGGCAGACGCUGGCCUGCUGCAUGGAAGUGGCGCAGGCUGUGCGGGCCCCAGACCCUGCUGCCUACAUCUCCCACCUGCCCGUGCACCAGGAUGGCUCCUGUAACGGUCUGCAGCAUUACGCCGCCUUGGGCCGCGACAGCGUGGGUGCCGCCUCUGUCAACCUGCUGCCCUCAGACCUGCCACAGGAUGUGUACAGUGGGGUGGCUGCACAGGUGGAGGUGUUCCGCAGGCAGGAUGCUGCCCGGGGUGUGCGGGUGGCCCAGGUUCUCGAGGGCUUCAUCAGCCGCAAAGUAGUGAAGCAGACGGUGAUGACGGUGGUGUACGGGGUCACCCGCUAUGGUGGGCGCCUGCAGAUUGAGAAGCGCCUCCGGGAGCUGGACAGUUUCCCCCAGGAGUUCGUGUGGGACGCCUCCCACUACCUGGUGCGGCAAGUGUUCAGUAGCCUGCAGGAGAUGUUCUCAAGCACUCGGGCCAUCCAGCACUGGCUGACCGAGAGUGCCCGCCUCAUCUCCCAGGCGGGCUGGGCAGUGGAGUGGGUCACACCCUUGGGCAUCCCUGUCAUCCAGCCCUAUCACCAUGACUCCAAGUUCCUGGUCAAAGGUGGGCUCCAGAGCAUCACCUGCAGCAGCAGUCGGGACACCAGCCAGAAGCCCAACACACUUAAGCAGAAGAAUGGCUUCCCACCCAACUUCAUCCACUCUCUGGACUCCACACACAUGAUGCUGACCGCGCUGCACUGCUACAGGAAGGGCCUGACCUUCGUCUCCGUCCACGACUGCUUCUGGACCCACGCAGCUGAUGUCCCCGUCAUGAAUCAGGUGUGCAGGGAGCAGUUUGUCAGGCUGCACAGCCAGCCCAUCCUUCAGGACCUGUCCCAGUUCCUGGUGAAGCGCUUCUGCUCCAGCCCCAGGUGA